AUGGUGAAGUUUGUGCAUCUGGUUCUGGUGAGAGUGGCCUCAAGAGGAAGAGGGAUGCUUUAUUUGGAUCAAAAGAAAAUUGCGAACUUGGCGAAGCUUGAAUAUACUGCCUUGGACAUUACCGGGAAGAAUUACCUUACCUGGGUACUGGAUACUAAGAUCUAUUUGGAAGCAGGGAAUCUUGGAGAUACCAUUAGGGAAGAAAGCAGCUCAUCCUCUCAAGAUCGGGAAAAGGCCAUGAUCUUUAUUCGCUGCCAUCUUGACGAGGCACUAAAGAGCGAGUAUUUAACGGUUGAAGAUCAGUUAGCUCUCUGGGAGGCCUUGAGAAGCAAAUACAAUCACCAGACAACGGUGAUUCUUCCAAAAGCUCACUAUGAGUGGUCUCACUUGAGAAUCCAGGAUUUCAAAUUAGUGGCAGAGUACAAUUAUGCGUUGUUCAGCAUUACCUUUCAGAUGAAGCUCUGUGGGGAUACCAUUACUGAGGAAAUGUUGCUGGAAAAGACUUACAACACAUUUCAUGCCAAUAACAUGAUCCUGCAGCAGCAGUAUAGAGCGCGAGGGCAAUUGGACACAACUCACCUAGAUGUUUCAGACUUCAUUAUGGAAAUGGGGAAUGAAUUAUACCAGUCCGACUAA